AUAAAUAAAGGACUCGUGAUUGCUUGCAUGUAGAAGAAAAUUAAUUAGAAAGAAAAAAAAAAUGGUUGAAGAAGCAGCCAAAAAGAAUCUAUAUGAUGCUGCAAGAAAGGGGGAAUUAGCAAAAUUUCAACAAAUUCUCCAACAAGAUCCAUUCCUUCUCGAUGAAGUUUCAUUUGAAAGUGCAGGAAAUCUUCUGCAUGUAGCAACAAUGUGGCGACAAGCAGCCAUCGUUGAAGAGGUGCUGAAGAUCAAUCCACGGCUUGCUACGAGUUUGGACUCGAGAAAUUCGUCGCCUCUUCACAUCGCAGCUGCGGAGGGGAGCCUCGAGAUAGUGAAGAAGUUGUUAUCAGUAGCCCGGGAGGCGUGCUGGUGGCGAGACUGUCAUGAUAUGAACCCGAUUCAUGUCGCAGCCAUGAAUGGGCAUGCAGAGGUGUUGAAGGAGCUGCUUCAGCUGGAUCUGUUUCCUGCAAUGGAGAGGGUGCAUCGUGGGCAGACCGUGUUGCAUCUGUGUGUGAAACAUGGUCAGCUUAGCACGUUGCAGGUUUUGGUGGACAAGUUUGAUGAAUUUCUGGAUGCAAAGGAUGAUGAUGGGGAGACAAUAUUGCAUUUGGCUGCUAGGUCCAAUCACCAAAAGAUCACAGCAUACCUUAUGGGAAGCGAUAAAAUAACAAAGGAUUGGUUGAGCAAAAUAUCGCUGAUUAUGUCCACUAAGCUGAGAUCUCGUCGAGACAAGAGAUCAUUAAAAAAAAUAAAACUCUUACAAAUUUUGUCUACUGCUUUGACAAUGCUCGAUAACGUGCCCAAGUUGAGAGACGUGACGAUGGUGGUGGCGUCGCUGAUCGCCACGAUGGCGUUCCAGGCUGCCGUCAGCCCUCCCGGCGGCGUGUGGCAGGACGACACGUCAUCACACACCGCCGGGAAAGCUGUGAUGGAAUCUGUUCAUCCCAAGAUGUACAAACACUUCAUUCGUGCAAACACCACGGCUUUCGUUUCGUCUCUCUUCACGAUCUUCCUCAUCACCAGCACCUACGGCGUGCCAUCGAUAAACUUCGUCUUCGACAUUAUCGCCGAGUACGCGAUGUGGGUGUCUCUGGCAGCCAUUGGAGUGAGCUAUGGAGCUUCCUUGAUGAUGACUAAUUCCAUGGAGGCACUGUCAAUUUCCCAUAUUGUUGCCGUUGUAGUCUCAGUGUUCCUCGUCGUCUACUUAUCAGCAUGCCUCUACACUUUUAUAGAGACCAUGAGAAAAUUAACAAAAAAACUAUACCAUUUUCAUGGAUGAGAGGGAGGGAAUUUUAAGGGUUCUUGAAGGAAACAACGAUGACGAUGGUGUCAGCAUGCAUUAGAAACGAAGAUGGAAUGGAAUAAUGGAUCAGAGCCAUCCAUGGGUAAAGAGUGCUUCUUUAGGCGUGUUUAGGUUUUGUUAUUUUUCAAACUUGUGUUUGCCUUUCCAAAAGUCUUUUAAGUCUUUUUAAUUAGUUAAUAAUUCAUUAUUCCAUAAUUGAUGUAUGUAAUUUUUAUACGGGGUAAUAGCCGAAAAAUAUAUAUACAAGGUUUUUUUAUUUUAUGGUUUA